UUCCCAUUUUGAAUCUCUCUCCCCUCUUCCAUAUAAAUAUGCCAACAUUUCCCUAAUCCUAACAUCUUCAAGCCAAUUCACAACUCCCCCACAACCUUCUACUCCAAUAUUCAACACUCUAUCUGUUCUCUUCUUCUCCGUUUAAAGAUUCAUUUACAUCAAAGAGAAAGUCCUUCUGCGUUUUUGGCCUAUUUUGAGAAAUCUCUCACUUGGGUAUUUUUCUCUUUCUUGAAUCCUACUUUGGUUUUUGGAACUUGAUCUUCUUGAUUGUUUCGAAUGGGUGAAAUUGAAGUCCCUCCAUUUUUCCUCUGCCCCAUCUCUCUAGAGAUGAUGAAAGACCCCGUGACAAUCCCCACCGGUAUCACGUACGACCGGGAAAGCAUCGAGAAAUGGUUAUUCACCAACAAGAACAAGAAUUGUCCCGUAACAAAACAAGUCCUCUCCAAUCCAGAUCUAACCCCGAACCACACCCUCCGCCGUGUGAUCCAAUCUUGGUGCACCCUCAACGCAUCCAACGGCAUCGAACGCGUCCCAACCCCGAAGCCACCCGUCAACAAGUCCCAAAUUAUCAAGCUUCUCAAGGACGCGAAGUCGCCAGAAAUGCAAAUUAAAUGCUUGAAGAGGCUCAGAUCCAUCGCUUCCACCAGUGAAACGAACAAAAGGUGCAUAGAGUCCUCCGGUGGGGUUGACUUCUUAGCUUCCCUUGUCAAGAACAACAACACUAGUACUACUUCACUAGAAGCAUGUGAUCAGGAUGAGCUUGAAUUCACAAAACCAAGUGAUGAAGCCCUAAGCAUACUCUUCUCUCUCCAACUAUCCGAAUCCGCCCUCAAAUCCCUCAACGCGAAAAACGGCGAAUUCAUCGAGUCGUUAAUCAAUGUAUUGCAAGUCGGAUGCUACGAGUCUCGAGCAUAUGCCGUGUUACUAUUGAACUCGAUUCUAGAAGUGGAGGAACCUGCGCAACUCGUAGCCUUGAAGCCCGAAUUCUUCGUUGGGUUAGUCCAAAUCUUGCACGAUCAAAUCUCUCCCAAGGCCUCCAAGGCGGCACUGCAGCUGCUAAUCAACGUGGGGCCGUGGGGGCGAAACAAGCUGAAAGCAGCGGAAGCGGGCGCGGUGAAAGUACUGGUCGAUCUUCUGCUUGAUUCUUCCGAGAAGAGGGCUUGCGAGAUGAUCUUAACGGCGUUGGAUCAGCUGUGCCAGUGCGCGGAUGGGAGGGCCGAGCUGUUGAAGCACGGGGCCGGGUUAGCGGUCGUGUCGAAAAAGAUACUCAGGGUUUCGAAGGUGGGGAGCGAACGGGCCGUGAGGAUAUUGCUUUCGAUAUCGAAGUAUUCGGCGAGUCCUUCGGUUGUUCAGGAAAUGCUGCAGCUGGGUGUGGUGUCGAAGCUGUGUUUGGUGCUUCAAGUGGACAUUGGAAGCAAGGCCAAAGAGAAAGCAAGUGAGAUACUGAAGUUGCAUGCUAGGGCUUGGAAGAAUUGUUCUUGUAUUCCAAUGGGUCUGCUUUCUUCCUAUCCAUCGUGAUAUUGAGAUAGACAAAGAUUUUCUCUCCUUUUUUCUUUUUUUUUUUCUGGGUAAGACAGACACAUACAGAUAUUUAUUUGGGUACAUAUAAAAUGUUUGAGCAAUACCCAUAAUUAGAAAGUAGGAGUGAUUAAUGAUAUAUGGACAAAGAUUAGAUUCUAUCUCUAA